AUGGCGGGGGGAGGCGACGGUGGCAGGAGGAGGGCGGCUGGUGGUCUGCGGGCAGCGGCCCACGGUGGCCGGCGAUCGGAGGUGGGCGGCGAUCGGAGGAGGGCGGCCGGAGGCGGGAGCGAUGGCCGGUUGGACGGCGGCCGAUGGCCCACGGUAGCCGGCGGUGGGAGGUGGGCGGCGGCCGAAGGUGGGUGGUGGCGGGAGGAGGGAGGUCGGCGGCGGGACACGAUGGGCGGCGGUGGAAGGCGAGUGGCGAAAGGAGGAGGACGGCCGGUGGCGGGAGACGGUGGACGGCGGGUGGCGGGUGGCAGCCUACGGUGGUCGGCGGUAGGAUGCGGGCGAUGGGAGAUGAUGGCUGGCAGUGGGAGACAAGCAGCGGCGGGAGGAGGGCUACCGGCGGUGGGAGACAGUGGUCGGUGGACGGCGAGCGGCAAUGGGAGGUGGGCGGCAGCCGGAGGAGGGUGGCGGCGGGCGGUGGUCGCUGGCAAGUGGGUGACGGAUGGGCGACCGACUAGUGGCGAGGGUGAACAAUGA